AUGGAGACUCAGCAUUUCUCCCACACCACCAACAUCAGCAGUGGUAAUAACACCAGCCUCUUCUCUGGAAGCCCGUACUCGACUGUGGAGAUUGUUCUCCUCAUCCUGGUGGCUGGAUCUGUGAGUCUGAUCACCAUCAUUGGGAACAUCCUGGUCAUGCUGUCUAUAAAGGUAAACAGGAACCUGCAGACUGUCAACAACUACUUCCUGUUCAGCCUGGCCUGUGCAGACCUGAUUAUUGGCGUCUGCUCCAUGAACCUCUACACUGUCUAUACAGUCAUUGGCUCCUGGCCCCUGGGAGCAGUGGUGUGUGACCUGUGGCUAGCUGUUGAUUAUGUGGUCAGCAACGCGUCAGUCAUGAACCUGCUCAUCAUUAGUUUUGACCGUUACUUCUGUGUCACCAAACCGCUCAGCUACCCGGCCCGCCGCAGCACCAAGAUGGCGGGUCUGAUGAUUGCUGCGGCCUGGGUCUUGUCCUUCAUCCUCUGGGCUCCAGCCAUUUUGUUUUGGCAGUUCAUUGUGGGCGGGAGAAUCGUGCCGCCAGGUGAGUGCUCCAUCCAGUUCUUCUCAAAUCCUGCGGUGACGUUUGGGACAGCCAUAGCAGCUUUUUACCUCCCAGUGGCCAUCAUGAUCUACCUCUACUGGCGCAUAUCCAAGGCCAGCCGCUGCCGCAUGAGGGGGGACAGCAGGAAGACGUCAGGUACCAGUCGGGGGGAAGGCCCCUCCCACAGCCAGGAGGAGGGCUGUGAGCGCCAGAACAACUGCAUCACAACGAGAGAAGCUCAGGUGGAGGCUAAAGAUGGGAAAGAGAAGGAAAUGCUGCACAAGCAGAAUGGAAGUGGGCUCCGUGAGGAGGAAGUCGCUGACCCGGUGGACUCUACGGCGGGCAACGCGUCAACGUCUAAGGACACGGUGGUGCCAACUUCUUUACAGAAAGCUUCCAAUGGGAAGAAAAAGACGAAUCAAACCCCUUCUCCAGAAGACUCAGCUGUUGACAGACAAAGUCUGGCCACAAAGAGACUGUUUCAGGUGACAAAACAGAGUGCCGUGGCAAAGUGGAAAAGGAAGGGGAUUUCUUACAGGGAGAAAAAGGUGACCCGCACCAUCAUGGCCAUCUUGGUUGCUUUUGUUGUCACAUGGAUGCCAUACAACGUGAUGGUCCUGAUCAACACCUUCUGUUCGAUCUGCAUCCCAAGCUCCCUCUGGACCAUCGGCUACUGGCUGUGCUACAUCAACAGCACCAUCAACCCAGCCUGCUACGCUCUCUGCAACGCCACCUUCAAAAACACCUUCAAGCACCUGCUCCUGUGCCGGUUCAAGAACAUCCGUACGGUGCGAUGAGGCCGAAAACAGUGACCCACGUUAAAAUAAUGGGAUGACUCAGAGAUGACUAGAAUGUUGUUAAGAUAUAGACGAGUUGUGUUCUCACUGUGCAGUCCAUUCAUUUAUCAAUGGAACGUUUUCCAGCUGUCACUGAUUUUUUGUUGUGUUUCAUUUUAAAACUAUGCUCUUUCUGAAUUCUAUAUCAAUUCAAUCUGGUGGAAAUGUGGUUUAUUGUGAAGAAGUACAUUUGAUUGAGUGUGAUUAGGGGAUUUACUAGACAAGAUAUGUUCCUCUUUGAACCAAGUACACAAGCUUGUGCAUUAUGUUUUUUUAUAUGCUCUUUUUACCAAACAGUAAAAUGUGACGGCUUUGUGACCAAAACAGUGAUCAUAAGAUGUAUGACAAGUAUAAAUAUAAGAAGAAGAUAAUAUACUAUCAAAUAAGACACCAAAAAAUAAGCUUGACUGAAAAAUUGGUCUGAGUAAAGCAUUCUCUUCAAAGUGAGUCAAGAGAAUAAAAUAAAAUACUAUUAGCAGCUGUAAACUCUGUGAGUGUGUGUGGGGUGGCGCACAUGUGUGUGUGUGUGUGUGUGUGUGUGUGUGACCGCUUAGAUUUUUUAUAUUAAGAUAAUGACAUCCGUUAUCCGUGUUAUUGUGAAAUGAGCCCACAUGUGAUAUGUGUCCAUAUCUUCCCUCUUUCAUGUAG